AUGAGGAUGUUGCAGAAUAAGAGAUUAGGUGAUACCAGCAAAUCUGAUGGAUUAUCUGUCAAAGAAAUCAAACAAAUACUUGAUCAUUCAUAUAUGAAUACUGAUCUUGAAUCACGUCAAGAUAGAGGUUUUGAUCUUAUAUUACACAAAGACAAGAAUAAUCAGGAUAGUGCAUUUUAUAGAAAUAUACAUAGAAAAACAGGUUUUCAGCACAUUUCUAUAUCUCCUUAUCAACCAAAUAAUCAAUAUACUCCUGUAAAAGACAUUCUUUUAUUUUUAUCCAAACUUCCUGAAUCUACUCUAGUACAGGAUCCUCUAUUUUAUGAAACUUCUAAAAGUAAAAAGAACAUAAGUACUGCAAUGUUAAUUCCUUAUUCUCCACAAGAUUUAGAUGAUGAUUACAUUUCUGAAUAUAUUACUGAAGAUGAAUCAGAUAUUGGUACAUAUAAUGCUUAA